GCAUGCGUGAAGGGGUUCGCGCUGCGACUAGCUCAUAAAAGGAAAACAGCGUGUGUGGCUCUCGACGUGCCGCGAAUCUUCGAACGUAAGGGCGUUAGCUAACGCUUUGAAAAGCAUUCGAGGGACGCACCCGCUCCUGCCGUCGUAAUUUCCAGCGCGACGUGCUUACUCGGUUCGUGGCUUGGCAGCUCCACUUUUCUCCAUGUUGACUUCUGUCUCAGACAGGCAAAAGCCUCCAUCAGUUCCAGGCUUUCCUGCUACUCUGUUAACAACCAACUGAAAGAAGGCACCCCGUAUGCAAUGGCCCUGGUGUCUGCUGAUUCCCGCAUUGCAGAACUUCUCACGGAGCUCCAUCAGCUGAUCAAACAAACCCAGGAAGAGCGUUCACGGAGCGAACACAACUUAGUGAACAUCCAGAAGACCCAUGAGCGGAUGCAGACAGAGAACAAGAUCUCUCCCUAUUACCGGACAAAGCUGCGUGGGCUCUAUACAACCGCCAAGGCCGAUGCGGAGGCGGAGUGCAAUAUCCUCCGGAAAGCUCUAGAUAAGAUAGCAGAAAUCAAGUCUCUGUUGGAGGAAAGGCGGAUCGCGGCCAAGAUUGCGGGCCUGUACAAUGACUCGGAGCCCCCUCGGAAGACCAUGCGCAGGGGGGUGCUGAUGACCCUGCUGCAGCAGUCGGCCAUGACCCUGCCCCUGUGGAUCGGGAAGCCUGGUGACAAGCCCCCGCCCCUCUGUGGGGCCAUUCCAGCCUCUGGCGACUACGUGGCCAAACCUGGAGACAAGGUGGCUGCCCGGGUAAAGGCUGUGGAUGGGGACGAGCAGUGGAUCCUGGCCGAGGUCGUCAGCUACAGCCAUGCCACCAACAAGUAUGAGGUAGAUGACAUCGACGAAGAAGGCAAAGAGAGACAUACCCUGAGCCGGCGGCGCAUCAUCCCACUGCCCCAGUGGAAGGCCAACCCCGAGACGGACCCUGAAGCCUUAUUUCAGAAGGAGCAGCUCGUACUGGCCCUGUAUCCCCAGACCACCUGCUUCUACCGUGCCCUGAUCCACACGCCCCCACAACGGCCCCAGGAUGACUAUUCAGUCCUGUUUGAAGACACCUCCUAUGCGGAUGGUUACUCCCCUCCCCUCAAUGUGGCCCAGAGGUACGUGGUGGCUUGUAAGGAGCCCAAGAAAAAGUGAAGUGGGCUGGCAGACUCCAAAUCUCCUGCCAUCCUCACAGGGGAGUGCAACAGAAGAUUUUGUGAUCAAAUAAAUAUUGUUCCCCUUUG